UUAUUGUUCAUGGUGAAUAUGUAUUGUGAGCGGAACUUUUUCCCCACACUACCGCUAAAAAUGGGACUUGUGCCCAAUAGGACUUUUCCGGUAAAUAAAACCGAAUAACUAAAAUAAAACUCUAAUUGUUGCUAUUAAUUGUAAAGUGUAAAUCACCACCUUUUCUCCAAAUAUCACCAGUUUUAGGAGGGGUUAAGAGACAGUGGCAACAUUUAAGCAAAACCAGAGACAGCUAAGCGAUUAUAUGGGAUCCCGUCUACCAGAAAGCAAUUACGACUAUAAUUUUAAUGAAUUGAAAGAGAACAGAGAUCGGAAACCGUAGCUUGUUGUGGUUCUUUCUAGCCAAGACUGCGCGAGCGUAGACGCAGUGACUUCUGGGAUACUGCAGAACUUGGGAGCUGUUGUGUUAGUGUUCAUGACCGUGUUUCUGUUUGCUGCAUUACAUUCGUAGGAUUUUUUUUUUCACUCAAGGGAUCCUUUUGUUGAGUCGUCUGAAUAUAGUGUACUAACUGUAUGUGUUAUUUUUCUGUAUUUAAUGUGUUAAAGCAGGGUAAACAGACAUGAGUUCCAGCACUGAUGUGAUCCAGGUGACGAACGUGUCGCCCAGUGCCACUUCGGAGCAGAUGAGGACUCUUUUCAGCUUUCUGGGAAAUAUCGAAGAAUUGCGAUUGUUUCCACCAGAUGAUUCUCCCUUGCCAGUGACAUCCCGUGUGUGUUUUGUAAAGUUUGAGGAUCCUGACUCUGCAGUUGUGGCUCAACACCUGACAAACACAGUUUUCGUCGACAGAGCUUUGAUAGUUGUACCAUAUGCAGAAGGAGUAAUUCCUGAUGAGACAAAGGCUUUGUCUUUAAUGGCACCAGCCAAUGCUGUGGCAGGUCUGCUGCCAGGGGGUGGACUUUUGCCAACACCAAAUCCUCUUGCUCAGAUUGGAGCUGUACCUUUGGCUGCUUUGGGAGCUUCAACAAUGGAUCCUACUCUUGCUGCCUUGGGUUUGCCAACAACGACGAGCAUGAACUCACCGUCUCUUGCUGCUGAUCACAUUUUGAAGCUGAUGACAACUGUAGAUCCCAAGUUAAACCAUGUAACUGCAGGGCUUGUUACUCCAAGCAUAAAGUCAGACUCCUCAAGUAAAGAUAUUGAAGAGGCUAUGAAAAGAGUUAGAGAAGCACAGUCUUUAAUCUCAGCUGCCAUAGAGCCAGAUAAAAAGGAUGAAAAACGUAGACGGUCACGGACGAGGUCAAGGUCAAGGAGACGAAGGACACGUUCUGGUUCUAGGCAUAGACGGUCUAGAAGUCGGUCAAGACGUCGGUCACACUCAAAAUCACGAAGCAGACGACGUUCUAAAAGUCCACGGAGGAGGCGAUCUCACUCGAGAGAGAGGUCAAGGAGGUCCAGAAGCACUUCAAAAAUAAGGGAAAAAAAGAGAGAAAGAGAAGAAAAAGAGAAGAAACGUUCAAAAACUCCACCAAAAAGUUACAGCACAGCUAGACGUUCUCGAAGUGCAAGCAGGGAACGUAGACGGAGAAGGAGCAGAAGUGCUUCACGAUCUCCUAAAAAAUCACGGUCUCCAAAGCGAAAAAUUUCCCGAUCCCCAUCUCCUAGAAGGCAUAAGAAAGAAAAGAAGAAGGACAAAGACAGAGAGAGGACCAGAGAUGAAAGAGAGAGGUCAACAAGCAAGAAAAAGAAAAGUAAAGACAAAGAAAAGGACCGGGAGCGAAAAUCUGAUAGUGACAAGGGAGAUGUGAAACAGGUCACAAGAGACUAUGAUGAGGAGGAGCAAGGCUAUGACAGUGAGAAAGAAAAAAAAGAGAGGAGAUCGGAAGAAAGAAUAUCGGAAGAAAGAAUAUCAGAAGAAAGAAGAUCAGUGUCACCUUCUCCACCUCCAAAACUGAGAGAUAUAUCUGCUGAAAAAAGCAGUGGGGACAUUACCAAAGAAACAAAAGUAAAUGGUGAUGAUCACCAUGAAGAGGACAUGGACAUGAGUGAUUAAAUUUGUCUGUUUGCUGCUGUAGAUUUGCGUCAGUCAUUCCUUUGUGUGUUUUGAUGCAUUCAUUCUUACAACCUACUGGCUAAAUACAAACUUAAAGCUGUACAUUUUACGGAAUGUGUUUAGCAAAUAUAUUUAUAAUUUUUUUUUUCCUUAAUGCCAGAAUUUGCUUUUACAUCAACAGCUUGUAGAUUGCCACUUUCCAUGUGAGAGAUGCAGUCAGGUUUGUAGCAAAUGCCAAGGUCUAAAUGGAGC